AUCAACAUUUCCAUCCACGGUAAGCGAUAAAGUACAAGUGUAGAGCUCGCUUCGUUUGUUUCAAUUUCCAACGGAGCUAAUUGCGCGACAAAAACCGAGGCCCGGGGAUGAACGUGUCCUCUUCUCCGCGAUCGAGUUCGAUGGGAAACGACGGGAACGCGUCUUUCGGAAAGUCGACCGAUCAACGAUCGACGAAAACACGUUCAACGCGGAAAUCCCGUUACGUCGGAAAUGCGGAAGAGGCCGAUGAAGAAGACACCGGUGGUGGAUACGGCCACCGAUACAACGGGCUAGUGGACAACGGACAGGGGCCGAAGAACGAACGAGAGAGGAAAGUCUCGAUACGAACAAGAUUUCCCGAAUCGACGAAAAAACCCCGCCGCGUGUUAUCCUUGGUAGAACGGCAAACGCGUUCGUAUAUUCGCAUCGAACGUAACCUCUGCGGUCGCGUCGCGAUCGCGUUUCGAUCCGUCGUUCAAUUUCCAGCAAAACUUGCAUGUUCCAGCUGGAAAAAUGGCGAGAACUCCAGAGAGCGACGGGAAAAACAGCGGCGUCGUCGACGGCGACCAAAAGCAAACUCAUGGAACGGAAAGGAGGUCAGGGUUCGCCGAGAGGGCGAUUACCGAGGGAGGUUAUCGAGGUUGGCGUCGACGGUGACGGUAACGCUGCCGGAGAGGACACUGCCGUCGGCGUUGCUGGGAAAAACGACAACGACCAAAUCGAGAACAUCAGGGAUAAAAUGAUCAAGGACAUGCAAGAAGAGAUUCGCUUGGAACAGUUCAAUCAGAUGCAGAAGAUGCAACUGGAGGCGCGGCAAUUGGAGAUGCGCGAGGCACAAUUGGAGGAGACACAGGCGAUUCUUGCUCGUCAUUGGUCCUCUUACGCCGAGAACGCGCGCAUCCUACAGCUGCAGGAAAACUGGACCAGAUACAUGACCUGCGACGGUCUUCCAGAUCCUGGCUCGUUAUCCGACCUGAACACGUUUCUGCACGUUGCGACGGAAGAAAACGAGAACGCGAGCCUGGACGCGAUAGUGGAAAAGUGCCAAGUAAUUACCAACUUGAUAUCCAAGGUAGAGAGGAUUGUCCGUUCGAUCGACGAAGCUUGGAAGGAGUACGUGCGCGAGUACGAAUCGAUCGCGGGGGAACUUCGCGGAAAACUCCAGUGGUGGAUCGAUCUUGCGUGCUAUCGAUUGCUGCGCGACAUCGAAGCGAACAUGAACAGGGAGGACACGAAGACGAGCCGAUACGUUCGCGAGUCGAACCGAAUGGUGUGCUGCGUCUGGGCACCGAUAGCGUUGCCGGUCGGAACCAAGCGGCUCGCGGAGAAGGAAAGGAAGCCGACCGAAGUGGCGUUCGAGGAGAUCAAGUUGACCAUUCAAUUUCCCGGCGACGUCGAUUGCCAUCGCAUGGCGGUUCGAGGGCUCUGGCUGGCUUACGACCACUACUCGGUCGAAACGAAUUCCCGGCGGAUUCCGAGCCUCCCGAAGGAAUUCUGGGAUCCAUGGGUGAAACCGGCCGAUCUUCUCGAGUUCGCGAGAACGGAGUAUCGCGAGAAGCUUCGAAUCUGGGAGGAACAAACGGAGGAACGUCGGUUGCGGUUGGAGGAGAAGAAAGGUAUAUUAAGGAAGAUGGAGAAUCCUCCGGUUUUCCCGGACGCUCGGAAGAGAGGGAAACGCGGUAAAAAGUCAAAGAGGCCGCGAUCCGCGAAAGCAAAUUUGUCCGAGUUCGAACAGAGCUUGGCUACCUUCUUGCCUGGCGAUGGGGAGCUUCUACCUUACCUGCCGACACCGAACGAGAUCGUUCGGCAAAGAGAAGGUAAUCGCCCCGAUUCCUCGGAUCUCGGCAACGGCUCCUGGUCUGCCCCGAUGUCGCUUUUCGUUUCAGAGGAAGCCAGGAAAGAGGUUCGCAGGAUCUUGUCGACGCGAUGCGAGAAAACCGAAGUCAAUUUGCGAAAGUACACGAUCCUCGGGGGCGUGUUUCGGCUGGAUCUGAUUCAGCAACCUCCGCAGCCGAAAGAUCUCGGGAAAGACGGCAGCUCGACCACUCUCGAAUUGCCGAAGGAACCGCGGUUCGCGCGAUUCUGCAGAUCGUACGAACCACCGCAGCCACCGCCGGAUUCCGAGAGGACGCCGGAAGUGAUCGAGGCUGAGAUGAAAGCUUUGGAAGUCGCGAUGGAGUCGCUGUUACUGAUUAGCCUGCAGUUACCCGACUCCGUGUUCUGGUUCGAACCGCCGUUGGUCGCUCAUUGGAUACCGGAGAGAAACGUUUGGUCGACCAAGGACGUUCACGACAUAAAAUAUAACGAGGAGAAGCAAACGAUCGCGUUCAGAAGCGGCAAAUUGGGCGUUCACGGGCUCGUCGCUAACAAGUUCGCCAACCUGCCGUUUCAGAGUUGGGAAUUGAGGCCGGAACCGGCAAGGAACGGACGGGAUUACGCUGGUGUCGUUCUGAACGUGACCGCAGCCACCGUUCAAGCCGAAUUUAUAGUCAGAGUGAGGUUCUUUCUGCUGUUCGCCGUGACGAUCGAGUCGACUCCCAUACCGUUCCCAUACCGUUUCGCGUCGAUUGCAGGAGGAUCGAGUGUGUCUGAAUUCGUUGAUCGGCGGCUCGUCGACGCCGCUGAAACGGAUACUCGGCGAGUACGUCGAAUUGGAGACUCUGAUCGAGCGAAUGCAACGAAUCGGGUGCGACCUGUUUCCGGAACGGGACGCCGCCAGUUACCUCAAGGGAUCGCCGAUCAAGCACCCGGUCGCGGAGAAUCAUUUACGGCGAUGCAUGGCUCUCUUGUCCAGCAGCUACGCGUUCUCCUGGUCUCGAUGGAACGCGACUCGGACCUUUUGGGAGAUCGUGCUACAAUUCAAAGAACUGCACGGCUGCGUGGCCAAAGAGCGGACGAAUCUGACGGUACUCGUAACACCUUGGCGAACGAUGCGCGUGCGAUGCACCGAGGUCAGCCCCGAGUUCACAGAUUUACCAUUGAACGAGGAGGAGGACGCCAAGUUGUACGCCGACCUGUAUCAGCUGGCGAUCAACACUGCCGGCAUCAAGACCCGGCUCUCGAUACAACGGAUCUCGUUUAAACUGGUAUCGACGGUCGCGCGACUCCUCGAGCGUACCAACGUGAUCGGCAUGUCGUCGUGAGCCGAGCCAAACGGACCGGACCGGAAGAAACCGCAAACGCAGCAAUGUUUUCCAAACGAAACUCUUUUUAUUCGAAUACGUAACUUAUCUCGAGCAUAAAGCGAUAUUCAGGAAAUAAUAUACGUCUCCGUUCGAUCUGCACUUGAACGCAAAACGAUAUCUCGAAGGAAACACACACAGCGAUAUCGAGAUUACGGCUAAGCGGCAAUUAGAGUUAAUUGAUGCGCUUCGACGGGUGGUAUCGAGAUGGGGAGUCGGGUGAGGGUUAAACUGUGGCGAGGUGUAGCGAGGCGUGGCGUGUUUCAACGAGGUGGGUUCGGAUCGAUUCUGGGCUGAAACGCCGUAGGAUGGGACAGGACUUUCGAAAGGUUCGGUUCUAGGUAACAAUCCUACGAUA